AUGGCUAGUGUGGAUGCGGGGCGUAGGCCUCCUGUUUAUGUUCCAAAGCAAAAACUUUCCAACAAACGUCGGCCUAUAUCUGGAAAGAAGAUACUCGAGCAUGCUCGUUCCCUGAGCAAGCUAACGAAGAAGCAGAAGGAAAGCAUUAAGAGGCGUGCUCUUCUUAAUCGCAAGCUUGUCAAGAAACCCAGAUUUCCUCGUAUGUAUAACGUGCAAAAUCCCAAGAGGAAGUUGCAGCUUCGCAAGGUGCAGUGCUUCAAGGAUCAUCGUCGCAGGAUACGCAAGUCCAUCACCCCAGGAACGGUACUCAUUCUUCUUGCUGGCCGACACAGAGGAAAACGCGUUGUGUUUUUGAAGCCAUUAGCCAGUGGAAUGCUUUUGGUUACCGGGCCCUUCAAGUAUAACGGUGUGCCCCUGAGGCGUGUUAACCAGCGAUACGUUAUCGCCACCAAGACAAAGAUUAAGCUUAAUAACAUUAAAAUACCGCCGCAGUUGGGGGAUGAGUUCUUCCGCCGCCAAGACCUUAAGACGAAAAAGACCGUGGAUAAGAUCUUUGCUGAGGAGGAGAAGAAGUACGCCGUUUCCGAUGAUCGAAAGAAGUUUCAGAAACAGGUUGACACUGCCCUGAUUGCAGCUAUCAAGAGGGGGAAGAAUCCUUCCAUCAUGGCCUCCUAUCUCAAGUCCAUGUUUUCGCUGAGCAAGAAGGAUUAUCCCCACAAAAUGGUGUUUUGA